AUGCCUCCAAAAAAAACCAAACGUAAUAGUACCGCAGCGGGCGGUACCGCUAAGGGUAGCAGUAAGAGUUCAGGAAAGAAAAUUGAAAAAGCCGAUUGGAAAGAAAAAUUUAACAAAAAACAAGUUGGGGUCUCCGACAUGACCAUGUUGAGCAAAGUUAAUAAUGAUGCGAUUAACGAAAAUUUGAAGAAAAGAUUCGAAAAUCAUGAGAUUUAUACAUAUAUUGGACAUGUGCUUAUUAGUGUUAACCCAUUCAAAGAUUUGGGUAUUUAUACAGAUCAAAUAUUGAAAAGUUAUAUGGGAAAAAACUUGCUUGAAAUGUCGCCCCAUGUGUAUGCAAUUGCUGAAUCAGCUUAUUACAACAUGAAUAGUUAUAAAGAAAAUCAGUGUAUAAUUAUCAGUGGCGAAUCUGGCGCCGGAAAAACUGAGGCCGCCAAAAGAAUUAUGCAAUAUAUUGCAACCGUAAGCGGUGGUGCAUCAUCUCAAAUUAAAGAGAUUAAAGAUAUGGUUUUGGCCACAAAUCCUUUAUUGGAAAGUUUUGGCUGUGCUAAAACUCUUCGUAAUAAUAAUUCAAGUCGGCAUGGGAAAUAUUUGGAAAUUCAAUUUAAUUCCGUAGGAGAACCCGUCGGCGCUGUUAUUACAAAUUAUUUAUUAGAAAAGGGGCGUGUUGUUGGACAAAUUGAGAACGAACGUAAUUUUCAUAUUUUUUAUCAAUUUACUAAGGCAGCAGCUUCUACUGAAUACCAAGAACAAUUCGGAAUACAAGGUCCUGAAAGUUAUUUAUAUACUUGUAAAAGCGGAUGCUUGGAUGUUGAUGGCAUUGAUGAUACUAAGGAUUAUUCUGAAACAAUAGAAGCGAUGAAUAUUAUUGGCCUGACACAAAAUGAACAAGAUGAUAUCUUUCGAAUGUUGGCAAUUAUUUUAUGGUUGGGAAACGUACAGUUUGAAGAAGGCAAUGAUGGGAAUGCUGUCCUUAGUGAUGAAGAAGUUACAAAUUUUAUAGCAUAUAUCAUGGAAGUUGAUGGUGAAAUUCUUGCUAAAGCAUUGACUAAUCGCACCAUUGAAACAUCCCGUGGUGGACGUCGGGGUUCAGUAUAUGAUGUUCCUUUGAAUACAGUACAGGCAUCUGCUGUACGUGACGCCCUCGCAAAAGCAAUAUACAAUAAUUUGUUCGAGUGGAUUGUGGAGCGUAUUAAUUCUGCUCUACGAUCCCGUACUACAGCAUCCUACGUUAUAGGAGUACUAGAUAUCUAUGGGUUUGAAAUCUUUGAAGAAAACAGCUUUGAGCAACUAUGCAUUAAUUAUGUUAAUGAGAAGCUCCAACAGAUUUUUAUUGAACUUACUCUUAAGACUGAACAAGAAGAGUAUGUUAAAGAAAAAAUUAAGUGGACUCCUAUUGAAUUUUUUGAUAACAAAAUUGUAUGUGAUUUAAUUGAGGGGAAACGUCCACCUGGUAUAUUCGCAGCAUUGAAUGACGCUUGUGCUACCGCGCAUGCUGAUUCUGAAGCUGCUGAUAACUCAUUUGUUCAAAGAUUGGGUUUUCUGAGUUCAAAUCCACAUUUUGAAUCUAGAGGUAGCAAGUUUUUGGUGAAACAUUAUGCUGGGGAUGUUUUGUAUACAAUAGCAGGUAUGACUGAUAAAAAUAAAGAUCAGUUAGUAAAAGAUUUGUUAGAAUUGAUCGAAAGCAGCGGAAAUAAAUUUGUGGGGCGACUGUUUCCAAAUAAAGUUGAUCGUGACAAUAAAAAGAGACCACCUACCAUUGGUGACAAAAUUAAGUCAUCAGCAAAUGCUUUAGUUACUAAUUUAAUGCAAGCUCGUCCAUCAUAUAUUCGAACUAUAAAACCAAAUCAAAAUAAAAGUCCAUCAGAAUAUGAUCAAAAAAUGGUAAUGCACCAAAUCAAAUAUCUCGGGCUUAACGAAAAUAUUCGAGUAAGAAGAGCUGGAUUCGCUUAUCGACAAACCUUUGAAAAAUUUUUGGAAAGGUUCUACUUAUUAUCAAAGAAGACAUCGUAUGCUGGUGAAUAUAUUUGGCAAGGUGAUCCGAAAGCUGGAGCAGAACGAGUUUUAAAAGACUGCGGAAUUGUUGCUGAAGAAUGGCAAAUGGGUGUCACCAAAGCUUUCAUUAGACAUCCUGAAACGAUUUGGGCACUUGAACACCUUAGAGAUCGAUACUGGCAUAACAUGGCAUUAAGAAUUCAACGUGCUUAUCGCAACUAUGUUCGUUAUAAAAAUGAAUGUGCAACACGUAUACAACGAUGCUGGAAAAAGAAUAAGGAUCAAAUCGUAUAUGUUCAGCUACGUGAUUAUGGUCAUCAAAUAUUAGAUGGAAGGAAGGAAAGACGAAGGUUUAGUCUGUUAAGUAUGCGAAAGUUUAUGGGUGAUUAUUUAUUUGUCAAUGUACCUGGAGGCAGUGGCGAAGCAUUGAGAAAUGCCUGCGAUAUUGGAGCAAUAUAUAUUGUUAUUUCAACACUUGAAAAAAAGCUAUUGACAAUGAAUGUUGAAAGAAAAAUUCUUCUUGGUACUAUUAAGAGUGCCAGUUUAUCACAUUUGCGAGACGAUUGGGUGGUGUUACAUAUUAAUAAUCCAACAAAAGAAUUAGGAGAUUUGAUAUUUUCAUGCCUUUUCAAAACUGAAUUUGUAACGCACUUAUCACAACUUAAAGGAACACAAUUUGAUGUUAACAUUUCAGAAUCAAUUGAAUAUACUAAGAAGAUUAACAAAACAGCUACAAUGAAAUUUAUUAAAGACGAAAAUGCCAAGGAUGAUGUAUAUAAAAGUCAUACGGUUUCUGUCUGCUCUGGAGAGCCAUCAAAUAGUUUAUCAGAUCCCCCUUGUCCAAGAAAAGAAUCAUCAUCUUCAACUACUUCGAAAAAACCAAAAAAUAGUAGGCCUACUAAACCUGGAGUAUCAAAAACGUCAGUUUCGACUAGCGCACCGAAAACUCAACGAGUAGCAAAUGCAAAUAAACCUUCAGCACCCGUGUCUGGUAAAAAUUUAACUGGUCAAUCAUCAGGAAGAAAACCCGCACCACCCCCUCCUCCUCCUCCAGCUGCAAAACCAAAACAAAUGUAUAAAGCAACUUACGAUUUUGCCACUGAUGAUUCUGGUGAAUUACAAUUUAAAAAAGGAGACACACUAGAAAUUAUAGAGAAAGAUGAUAAUGGAUGGUGGUUGGCAAAAAUGAAUGAUGAUCAAGGUUGGGUACCAAGUAAUUAUCUAGAAGAAGUCAAAACUGCACCAGUACCUACAAGACGGAAUAAACCACCACCACCCGCAAUACCUACAAAAACAGCAACCUGA